AUGCACUUUUUUCCUCUGUUUUUUGCUGUUUUAAAGCACCAUUUUACUUUUGAAAUUUCAAAAACUACCAUUUACACUUUUUUCAUGCCAAAAAUCCAUUUUGAAAAUCACAGUCAUUUUUAUAGGUUUUGUAGAGGUUUGAGAAAGCAUGGUGUGCUUUAUUUACGUAUCUUCACACGACGACUAUUUCAUAACGACUAUUUUUUUUUGGCCUAUUUUUUUUUGGCCUAUUUUUUUUGGCCUAUUUUUUUUUGGCCUAUUUUUUUUUUUGGCCUAUUUUUUUUUCACCUAUUUUUUUUGGCCUAUUUUUUUUUGGCCUAUUUUAUUUUGGCCUAUUUUUUUUUGGCCUAUUUUUUUUGGCCUAUUUUUUUUUGGCCUAUUUUUUUUUUUGCCUAUUUUUUGGCCUUUUUUUUGACAAUUUUUUAA